UCGCGCUGCAUCUCGGAGAUAUGCCGUGGUUGUAUCUCGGCUCUCCUUUACCAACGGAAGUGCCAUCCUGCCAUCAUCAGUCGGCCCCGGCAACGGGUUCGCGCGUAGCGUGUCUGAGAUCUGAGACUCGAGAUCAUCAGUUUGCUCUUGCCAUACGACAGUGAUACGUGUAUAUUAUUCGGUGUGACGGUCCUAUUAAUCGGACUGCUGUCAAACACGGUGUGGCGAGGAGACGACGCCAGUGGACGCCAUGAUGGAUGGUAUAUGUGACACUGCCGACAUCUUAAACAGUGUGCCUCCGAAGAAGACAAUCCAUGCUGAUACCAUAGAUCUCUCGGAUAAGUCCUUGCAAGUGGACAUUUCGGAUGCUCUCAGUGAAAAGGAUAAAGUAAAGUUUACUGUACAUACGAAAACUACUUUACCUGAAUUUCAAAAACCGGACAAUCUAGUUGUGAGGCAACAUGAAGAAUUUGUAUGGCUCCAUGAUCGAUUCGAGGAAAAUGAAGAGUAUGCUGGUUACAUUAUUCCACCAUGUCCACCAAGACCAGACUUUGAUGCAUCGCGCGAGAAAUUACAAAAACUUGGCGAAGGUGAGGGAAAUAUGACACGCGAAGAGUUUAAUAAGAUGAAGCAAGAAUUGGAAGCGGAAUACUUAGCCACUUUUAAAAAAACUGUUGCUAUGCACGAAAUGUUUUUGACCAGAUUGGCGCAUCAUCCAGUUUUUCGGAAUGAUCAUAAUCUAAGGGUAUUCUUAGAAUAUGAUCAAGAUCUUUGCGUACGAGGAAAGAAUAAAAUGGAAAUGUUUGGUGGUCUAGUAAAGUCGUUUUCCAAAACUACCGAUGAAUAUUAUUUAUCGGCUACAGUGAAAGAUGUAAAUGAUUUCUUUGAUCAAGAAAUGACAUUCCUUCAAACUUACCACCAUAACCUAAAAGAAGCCACAAGGUUAUCUGACCGUCAAACAGCUAAACAUAAAGAUGUAGCAGAUUCAUAUAUAAAGAUUUCCACUAAUCUUUUACAGUUAGCUACAACAGAUACUGGAAAACUCGAAAGAUUUUUAACUAAAAUUGCUGAGACUUUCGAGAAAUUACGAAAAGUUGAAGGACGUGUAGCAUCAGAUGAAGAUUUAAAAUUAUCAGACACUCUUCGUUAUUAUAUGAGAGAUACAGCUGCAGCUAAAAGGCUUCUUUUUAGAAGAUUGAAAGCUUUACACGAAUAUGAAUCUGCGAAUCGUAUUCUUGAAAAAGCUCGUGCCAAAAAUAAGGAUGUUCAUGCAGCACUGGAGGUUGCUGAGGCGGAACAAGCGCAGACCGAAGCAUGUGAGAAAUUUGAACAGAUGUCUGAUAAAGGAAAAGAAGAAUUAUUAGAUUUCAAGACUAGGCGAGUAGCAGCAUUUAAAAAGAAUCUCAUUGAAUUAACAGAGCUGGAAAUAAAACAUGCUAAAUCGCACGCGGAAUUGCUCAAGAAAUGUUUAUCCGUGCUCCGGGAAGAGUGAUCUAGUUUUAGCAUUGCCAUGGAUAAACCUACAUGCAUGCAUUCUGUAUGCAGAUAACAGUUUAUUUAAAAUAUGAUAACGGUACUGUAAAAUAUUAUAUAUAUUUUUUGUUAACUAAAUUUAUUAGAUCUAUCUUACAUGGGAAAUAAAAUAUUGUAUUAAUAGCUGCAAAGUGACUGCGAAAAACGAAUAUUUACUAUCUUUGAGCUGUAAAAAGCUAUGCAAAUGCUGCUAUCAGCUUCUGCUUCAUAGAUAUUAAUUAAGCAAUUUUAUAAGAGUUUGGAUAAUACAUGUGUUAAAAAAAAUUACACGCAUUUCCAUUGUAAAAAAUUAGAUGUUAUCGAGUCCCUUUGCAGCUUUGAAUUAAGAGCCUGUUACACUUAUAAAGGUUCUCUAUAUAAACAAAUAUAUAUAUAUAGAAAAGAGAGAGAUAUAUAUACAUAUAUGUAUAAAUAAGAAUAUAUCCAUAUGGAGCAUGUUAUUAUUAUAAUACUUAAGUAUAGGAUAAAUUUGUGAAGGAGGAAUCAUUAGUAUAAAAGCUCAGGAUGAUUAAAGUUAAUAUAAACAAUUAGAUUUUCAUAAAUGAACUUUCCAGAUUUUUACGAUACACUAGUAAUUAUUCUGACAAAUAAUUAUUCAUAAUUGCGUUCGUUCUAAGAUUAGGAAGCAAAGCAAUGCGACAAUGAUUAAAGGGACCUUGAAACAAUUUAUAAUAAAGUGCAAUUAUACUUUUCAUUGUAGCGUUGUAAAGCCAUACUUAUACUUUUAUGUUCUUUUGUUACGCAUUUCAUCGCUAUUUUCGUUUGUCGUGCAAAUUACAUUAAAUACUUUAUUACCACUCAUCUUACAUAAACUAGAAAAAAAAGAGAAGCAUGCUUUAUAAUCAUUCGAGUAUACAAUUCCGGUGAAAUAGCUUUUUCAUCAGAGAUGAAUAAUUGCACACAAAUAUUUUCGUAAGUUUUUAUUGAAUCGAAUCAUUUUUCUUUUCUAUAAUACAUGAUUGCGGACAUAUACUGAGAAAUUCAUUAAGUUGCAAGUUUUAUCGUUUAAUUCUUUAAGAAUUAAUUCGAAAUCCACCGUAAUGUACCGUACAUUAUCGUCUUAUCCUUAAUAUCAGUAGAUCCUAUGAAUAUCCUAUGAGUGAGUGCAGAUAAACGCGCUGCGAUGCGGACAACGUCCUAUCCCGUUUAUCGUACGCCGGUCUUAAUUAAUUUGGUAUUGUUACACCGUACAGUUAAUAUAAUCUUAAUAAUAACAAACAGUAAAGACGACGCAAUAGAAAAUAUUUUUUUUUUUUUUUUGGUACAUAAAAGUCACGCUGCAAAACGUCUCGCUCUUUCAACAUCAUUUCUAUUUGUUAUUUCGUUUUUUAUUCUCGCUUAUAUACUCUCAAUCACUAUUUUACAAUAUCAAAUUCCGACAAGCCAGACAUAUAUUUUUGAGAACAAUAAUUAAUACACGCAUUUCCAGUUUAAUAGUAUUGCUUUUAUUACGUCUGUGUCACUUGUGUGAACAAAAUUCGUGAAAAUAUGAGUUUAUCUAUGAAUUUUUUUAGCACAUUUUGAUAACCAAGUUAUGUGUGUGUGUUACAAAUAAUUAGUUGAUGGUACUCUUGAGUAGUAUAUAAAAGACGUCCUAAAAAGAUACGGUUAAAAAGACAUGAGUGAUUUUAUUCUACUUACGAAAAUAAUUAAUUAAAUCCAUUAAUUACUCACAAUAUUUUCGGUAAUAUUUUUGUUUUCUGAUAUUAGGAUUAUGAUAUUCUCCAAAAAACUUAAUUAAAAAAUUAAAAAAGAUAAAAAUAAAAUAUUUCUAUACGAAAUGCACUUUUCUCGAGAUACGCCAUAAAUAUUUCACCUACAUUCAUCCGAAAUUAUCGAUCAAAGUUUCUAACUAACGAAUUAUGUUUUGGAGUAAAAUUCUAGGAAUAAUCUAUACAUACAUAGGUGCUACACGUGUGCGAAGUAUAAUCCCCCGGGUCUGUUAACAAUUGUAAUUUCAUUGUGUAGGUAUGGAACAAUGAAUGCGGUCCAUAUUAUAUUUUAAUUCGACUUUAUUUCGCUCGUUAGCAUUAUCGUCGGACCAUAUUCCGGCAUUGCGGAAGCGUUCAUUUUGGAGAAUUUAUCGUUCUCACGCGGUACAAACGCGGUUGGUUAUCGGGAAUGCACGAUCGUUGUUAAUAACACGGCAGGUAAUUAUCGAUUCUCAUUGAUCAACGAAUAGGAGCAUUCGCCGGUAGAUUAUGCUCGUCCGCCACGAUGAUGAAUUUUUCACGAGCAAUGGACGUUUAAACGCGAGUAGCUCUUUUAUCUUACGAUCGUUAAACUGAUAUCCUGCGCAAAAUGAAAAAUGUAGAGAUUAAAUUCGUAUAUCGCGUGAACAUCUCACGAACAAAAGCAUAUCAGUGAAUGUAUUAUAGUCCCGCGAUUUUAUUCCAUUUAUCAGAAGUAUAAGCCCGCACUCAAUUUCGUAUAUUUCAAUUAUUUUUAUAUUAUACGUGUAUUCUAAACAAAUUAUUUGAUACAAUUCGUAGAGAAAAAAAAUAUAUUUGUUGCAAUAUUUAUCACCAGAAAGAAAGAUUGAAGUUACUUUUGAAGUUACAGAAAUUUUCAUGCAAAAUAUAUAAAUGGCUUUAGAGGGAUGUUUUUGAACAACUUAAUCUUUAUCCUAAAAAGUGUUUUUUAUGAUUAAAUAAUUCUAUUUAAUAUUAGAAGAGGAUUUUUAUUUAAAGUUUUAAAGGCGCGUCACUUCAAAUUAGACGGCAAAACGCGUUAACAUUAUAAUUAUACUAAUACUAUAACGUUUAGUCAUAUGUCAAGAGAUACGAACACUCGGAUAUCCGUUAAAUGCCCUAGAUAUCGCUAGUGAACGCUUGGUUCAAGUCAUUUUAAAGUUUUAUUAGCUGUCACGGCACGGAAGCACGGUUCUAUUAAUAUCCAAGUAACUGAGAACAAAAUAGAGUCUUAUAGAAAAUACCUAUUUGCACAUUUAUGCUGGUAUUUAUGCGGGUAAACAAGCCUGAGAGAGAUACUCAACGUGUUAUAUUUCGAAUCUCUCGAUAUACGUCUCACGUUAUUUAUCCUUUACUUUUCACGCGAUCGUGUUAAGAUUUACUCUCUCUAGAUGUAAUAUUCAAUUUCGUCCAUUUGUGUUUAAAUUUAAUUUAUAUUUAAAUAUAUGCGAAAUAUAUGAUCAUAAA